AAAAAAGUCUUGGCAACGCACAAUUUCCCAAUGCCGACUCGCCCCAACUUCAGGCCUCAUCGCCCCUCGAUUGAUGAUUGAUUGAUUGAUAGAGCUACGAUAUUCUAACGACCAAGGAAAAAAUAUCGCAAUUCCUCUCGAGCUUAUUAGCCCUUCUGCUCUCUCUCAACCCACCAACCAUUCCACCCCGAACACCGGAAUAGAGAAACCUCUGCCCACAACCAUGGCGGACGUGCAGGAGAUCCUUAAGAAGAAGUUCGGCGGCGCGGCGCCUUCGCGUACCGGUGGAAAGGGAACCCCGCGACACAAGCAAAAGCGGAACGUUGCUCGAAGCGCCAACGACGACAAGAAGCUACAGGCUACCCUGAAGAAGCUCAACACCCAGCCUAUCCAGGCUAUUGAGGAGGUCAACAUGUUCAAGAGCGACGGAAACGUCAUUCACUUCUCCGCUCCUAAGGUUCACGCUGCUGUGCCCUCCAACACAUUCGCUAUUUACGGCGCUGGUGAGGACAAGGAGCUCACGGAACUUGUCCCUGGCAUCCUAAACCAGCUCGGACCCGACUCCCUAGCUUCUCUCCGAAAACUGGCUGAGAGCUACCAGAGCAUGUCCAAGGAGUCUAAGGAGGCAGACGCAGAUGCGGACGAUGACGACAUCCCCGACUUGGUUGCCGGCGAGAACUUCGAGAGCAAGGUCGAAUAAACGACCUUUUUAAUCGGCACACCUAUUACAAGCGGACCAAAGAUACCAGACUUACUCCCAACCCAAUACCACCCGACCACCCCUAUCUCAUUUUUACGAAACGAAAAUGAAGCACGCGGAAAGAUAAGAUAAUGGAACGGAACGCAAACAAAAACAACGGGAAUGAAUAUGGGGCAUUUGGUCGAAUCUGGUUUGAUGGUGGUCUUUUUUCUCUCUGUCUCUCAUGUUCUCUCUCUCGCGCCAAGGAGGAAAGGUCGGAAAGGGAGUUCCUCGGUAGCUGUCCUUUUGCAAUCAAUUAAGGGCGAUGGUGGGAUUUUUCCCCUCCCCUCCCCUGCCACCAUCGUCGUCAUCAUCAUCAUUUUAGGUAGUCUGGGCUGGGUGGCUGGUUGGCUUCUGGGUCCGCGAGGGGGCUCGGGCCUCCCCAUUUCCCAUUCCCUACGGUAGCAGCUUGCGUUAGUCGUAUUUUGUUCCUCCGCCAGGUUCUGCUAGCAGGUUUUUUUACCUUAGAUACGCAGGGCGUGGUAGUGAGGAAUUGAUGCCACUGCUUGUGCGAAAUAAGAAGAAAUAUGUUGUAAA